AUGCCAAAAAUUAGACACGCACGAACAAAGAAGCCUCCAGAAGGCUUCGAAGAUAUCGAAGAAACCUUGCAAGAAUUUGCAAGGAAAAUGAAAGAUGCCGAAAAUGAGCCACACGAAGGAAAGCGUCGUGUGGAAUCCCUGUGGCCCAUUUUUCGUUUGCACCAUCAAAGAUCACGUUACGUUUAUGAUUUAUACUAUAAACGAGAGGCUAUUACAAAGGAAGUUUAUGACUACUGUUUAAAAAAUGGAUACGCUGAUGGUAAUUUGAUCGCAAAAUGGAAAAAGCCGGGUUUUGAACGCCUCUGCUGUUUACGAUGUAUUCAACCUAAGGAUACUAAUUUUGGUACCACAUGCAUUUGUCGUGUACCAAAGUCAAAAUUAGAAGAAGGACGUAUAGUUGAGUGUGUUUUAUGUGGCUGCAGAGGAUGUUCAAGUACGGACUUUACUACCUCAAAAAAAGAAAAACCUAAACCAAAAGUUGAAAACGAGGAGGAGUAA